CCUUAUUUGUAAUGUUAUUGCAGCAAAAAGCAUAUCAAUAUUGACAGCUGAUCUUAUAGUUAUCAAAUAUUGUGAAGAGUAGGCUUGGACAUGAACUUGAAAGGUCAUCUUUGUUAGAUUUCCUGUGUAGGAAAAUGGAGUAAGAUGAUUAAGUAUGUAAUUUUAAUUAAUCAUUUAAAAUCUAGGACAACAUAAUUGGGUGCUCUGUUGAGAAAAUAGAGAAAGGUACUUACCGCUAGAUACAAAAGGACUAACCCAAAAAGUUUGAGACUUCUAGCUGUGUGGGAAAGUGGGAGGAAAAUAGAGCACAACUAAGCUGCUCUUUGUUGAUAUCAGAAAUGAGCCUGUCAUUCACUUUGGCGUUGAAGCAUGGCCUAUCUCGGGGGGCAGGACGAGGACUUUUUUUCCCUCCCACAAGGGCUGGACAGUUUCUACAGGCUCAGAAAGCUCCGAGCAGUUUUUCAAGUUUCUCCUCCUUUUUCUCUCAGUAAUUCAUGGUGCAUUUGCUCUGCUUUCAAAAUGCGUUAAGGUCUUCUGCUUUGUGACUGAUUGCCCGGAGCCGGCAGAUAGUCGGACAUGUAUAAUUCGAAUUAUGCAGGUCUUGUGAGUAACAUUUCACUUGUUGCAUUUCCAGUUUCCGGCACCAACUCACCAACAAAGAUUUUACCGAAAACCUUAGGGCCAAUAAAUGUGAAUGUUGGACCCCAAAUGAUUAUAAGCACACCGCAGAGAAUUACCAAUUCAGGAAGUGUUCUGAUUGGAAGUCCAUAUCCCUCUGCACCAGCAAUGGUCACUCAGACACACAUAGCUGAGGCCGCCGGCUGGGUCCCCAGUGAUAGAAAACGAGCUAGAGAAUUUAUAGAUUCAGAUUUUUCAGAAAGUAAACGAAGCAAAAAAGGUGAUAAAAAUGGGAAAGGCUUGAGGCAUUUUUCAAUGAAAGUGUGUGAGAAAGUUCAGCGAAAAGGCACAACAUCAUACAAUGAAGUAGCCGAUGAGCUGGUAUCUGAGUUUACCAAUUCAAGUAACCAUCUGGCAGCUGAUUCGCAGGCUUAUGAUCAGAAGAACAUUAGACGAAGAGUUUAUGAUGCUUUAAAUGUGCUAAUGGCAAUGAACAUAAUUUCAAAGGAAAAAAAAGAAAUCAAGUGGAUUGGCUUGCCUACCAAUUCUGCUCAGGAAUGUCAGAACCUGGAGAUAGAGAAGCAGAGGCGGAUAGAACGAAUAAAGCAGAAGCGGGCCCAGCUGCAAGAACUUCUCCUGCAGCAAAUUGCUUUUAAAAACCUGGUACAGAGAAAUCGACAAAACGAACAACAAAACCAGGGCCCUCCAGCUCUGAACUCCACCAUUCAGCUGCCAUUUAUAAUCAUUAACACAAGCAGGAAAACAGUCAUCGAUUGCAGCAUCUCCAGUGACAAAUUUGAAUACCUUUUUAAUUUUGAUAACACCUUUGAGAUCCAUGAUGACAUAGAAGUACUGAAGCGGAUGGGAAUGUCCUUUGGUCUGGAGUUAGGCAGAUGCUCUCUGGAAAACCUGAAAAUUGCCAAGUCGCUGGUUCCGAAAGCUUUAGAAGGCUAUGUCACAGAUAUCUCUACAGGACCUUCUUGGUUAAAUCAGGGACUCCUUUUGAACUCUACCCAAUCAGUUUCAAAUCUAGACCUGACCACUAAUGCCACCAUGCCCCAGUCAAGUGUAAGCCAAGGCUUGUGCUUGGAUGCUGAAGUGGCCUUAGCAACCGGGCAGUUCCCCGGCCCAGACAGUCAGCAGUCCAGCAGUGCAGCCUCUCACUGCUCCGAGUCCCGUGGCGAGACGCCCUGUUCAUUCAACGAGGAGGACGACGAGGACGAGGAGGAAGACUCCUCCUCCCCAGAAUAAAGACAGGAGAACACUCAUGUUUUAAUAUCUGAUGCUCAUGUGUGUCUUUAGUGUGAGCUCUUGUGUUUUGAAAUGAUUGCUUCCGUCUUCGCCUUUGUUUGCAUUUGUGUUUAGUGAGAACUAGAGAAACACAAUAAGCAAAGUCCCUGAAGGCUGAGAUGAUUGACAUGAAAGUGAACUAGCGUGGAUGAAAACUGAGCAGCACAGCAGUGGCUUCAUCAUGGCCAACAAAGCAUGCUUUCUGCGAGAGAACGGCAGUGAAGUUUGUUUUCAGGGAGGGGGGUUUGAAGACCCCACAGUGUGGGAGCAUUUAGACUUGAUUGCUGCAGGGAACAGUACGCAGUGGUGAUGUUCUCUCCCUUGUUGGGCUGUCUUACAUAGGCAGCCAUCUUACAUCUUGACCGUCCCAGUGGGCAUAAGGUGAGGGAUGUAGAUCGCAGUCCUUGUGGCCUGAGGAGCGCAGAUGAACUGCUGAGCUAGUCGGAAGUCUAGCUGAGGUGUUCCAUGCGUCUGCUGCCUUAGCUUCUCGAAGGGAGAGAGCGCUAACUAACUGUUAAGUACCUAGAUGACGUUUAGAAUAAUUGACGGUGAACUGCAGUGACCGUUUGUCAAUGCAUUGGUGCAUAGGAGUUUCUAGGGCUCCUUCUGGAAGCCAAACUAGCAUAGCAUUUCCAUGUGCAUUACAGACCUCGCCAGCACCGCCUUUGCCAGCAUUCUCCAUUGGGAGUUUUACUGUGGAGAGGGAAACUGUAUUUAUAGUUUUAAUCAGAGCUAUGCAUUUCAUACAGCUUUUUUUUUGGUAGCCCAGGCUGGCCUCGAACUCACAGAGAUCCGCCUGGCUCUGCCUCCCGAGUGCUGGGAUUAAAGGCGUGUGCCGCCGCCGCCCGGCUAUCAUACAGCUUUUUAACUUACAGUGAAACAAAGAAGCAAAUUCUUUGACCAAUGCUUGUCUGUAGCUGUCUGCAGUACUGUAUGAUUUUACCCAUGUGCAAUUUGUGAAAAUGAACCAAAUGUCAUUACUUUUGUCUUCAUUUCAAGAAUAUGAACAUCAUUGUUCUCUUAUACAUGUUAUCUUUUUCAUAUUUUAAUUAUCAAAAUGACCUUAUCAGAUUUAUUCCUGGGUAAAUUGCAUUUCAAACUAACUCAAUAUUCAGUGUUUUUGUUAAAACCUUGAACACUCCAGUGGACUGCAUCCAUGCUAGCGUGAUGUGUCAUAUGUGGUUUCAAAGCCAAAGAUGCCAUGAGACUACUACAGUAUGUCUGUGAUUUCUGCUCCUCUCAGUAGGGGAGUGUGGGUGUCCACUGCCAAGCCAAACCCAACUUACCAACACAUAAGGCCUUGAAGCGGGUGAGGGGCAGGGAAUGGUAGGAGACUCCAUCUGAAACCAGCUCUAGUCACACGGGUUUGUCUGAUCCUGUGUCUCUGGCUUCUGUGGGUCCUGCACCAGGCACAGUCCAAAUGCUGCUCUUUUUAGUCCUGUGCAGGAAGCUUGAGCGAGAAGGAAAAGCUUUGGUUGCCUUACAUGUUCUGAGGUCAUUAACACUGAUAGGAAUGCCUUGGAGAGGAAACUCAAUGUCAGGAGGAAGCUGUAGUACAAGCCCGAGUGUUCAAGGGGCACAAAGGUCCUGUCAGGUUUCAGAGUUUUGUGUUGGCAUGCGUUCUAGAACACACAUCUUAGGCUGUCAGAACAAAGUGAUCCAGAAUGCAACAGGGGCUACCUCCUUUUAUCACUUCCAUUUCCGUCUGUACUUAAGGGAGCCUAGCAGAGACCUAGAGAGGUCAAAGGUAACAGAUGCUUUUUCAGUCUUCAAAAUAUUGAGCUACUGGGGGCCUAAGAUUUUUCAGAACUUAAAGCAAAUGCAUGCAUUACACCAUUUACCAGGCAGCAAAAUCCUUGCAAGAGUUCUCAAGGAACUUUCCAGUUUAUCUCAUCCCUGCUGCUGUAUGCUUUACAUUGACAGAACACGGGCUUUAAAAGGGCAGUCCUACUGGGCAUGUUGUAUGCCUCUAACGCCAGCAUUUGGGAAAUGGAGGCAGAAGGGUUAGGACUUAAAAGUCAACCUUGGCUACAUACUGAGUUCAAGGCCAGUCUGGGCUACAAGAGAUCCUUGUCUGGAGUGGGACAACCAAAGACUCAGUCUUUGUGUGCCCCCCCUUCGGCCAUCCUCGCUCCCACUGUGGUGUCAAGAGUGGUCCUGUCCCUCUGUUACGUACUUCUGAGGACGUCUGAGAUCGCACCGCUGUGGUCCUCGGUUGCUGCUGGUGUGACACUUUACCUGGGGAGAAACUAGACUGAACAGAGGGGUACCACUUACUUGUAACCCUUCAUAGGCAAAAGGGUCCCCAGAGGUUUGAAGCCAGCUAGGGCUUCAAAAUGAGAUCAUGCAGGGGGGAGAAAAAAGGGAAGAGCCUAAAUUGAGUGUUGAAAAGGAUGAACUCUGGUCUUCAUUAUCUCCCCUAAACACAUCCCUCUGGGUCCAAUAACACCAAAUCAUAAUGCCGGAAUCAAAAUGGAAGGGGAAGUUAAAUUGAGGACACAGCGUCUGGCCUCUUUGUGGGAGAGGUACACAGGCUCCGUGCACACCGCUGUUAGCUGCCUAUGCACACUGCUUACGUGUUCAAGAGACUUUCCUCCUGAGGUCCCAGUUCUCAAGUGUAUAGCAGCACUGUGGUCAAUCAGUUCUCACUCUCCUGAUCACAUGGGCAGCUGGCUCUGGGCCCGCACACUCCCAGAAGAACAGUUCCACCAGGCUACACGGCUGCUCAGACCCUCAGUGCUCAGCAGGUUUCCCUUCGCCUUUCCCCCACGGAAGUCUGUUCAGUGUUUGCAUUGUGCCUUACAUAGGAAGAAAGGGACUCAACAGAAUCUACUCCCUCUAAAUAGUCCCCCAGAGAAUGGGCUCAUGGCAAACGUGUUCUGCAUCUUUCUUACUAUUUUGAAGAAGUGGUAGGGAGAAAAAAAAUCUGCCAUUUUGUCAGAAUGCAUGAGGAUAACUCCUGUUAGCAAAAUUUAUAAUUAAGGCAGUAGCAGCACUGUGUCAUUUUUGGAAGAUAAUCCCCAACUGUCCUCAGAAUACCCCUGUCAGAUAAUCCAGACGAAGAAAUGGCCCACUCUACCCCUGCAUGGCUUCCUAAUUCUGCUUUCUAAAUCUAAACCAACUUCUUGUCAGAAACAGUGGAGCUGUUACAAGUACAGUGUGAUUUAUGCCGAGACAGCCUAAACAGAGGUUGUGUGUGUGUGUGUGUCAGACAGACAGACAGAAUAAGCAGGUGACAGGAAUGGCCUCAGCUGCUUGUGCUGUAACCACACCAGAGCAGGAAGCCUGGUCGGUUUUAUAAGCUCACUUCCCAACAAAAUGGACGUCCUUCUUCACUAAAUCUGCUGCAGGGGAUUUUGAAAUUUUCCUCCUUAGUGGUAAGCAUUGGGCAGGGUUUGUUUUGCGGGGAGGGUGUUAAAAUAUCAAACUUGGCUGACUUUAGUAUGAACAAGCCAAGUGAGGACUAUAGCAAGACCACAAAGUUCUCGGGUCAGCCUCAUGACCUUGAAUUGAAUCUACACCACAGGCCGGUGAUCUGAGACGGAGAAUUUACAUGUAUUCAGUUGCAGAUGCAUAAGAUGUGGAUUGUGAACUGAACACAUGGGAAAUGAUCCUCAUGAUGCAUAUGGACUGGCUUUGGUGAAAUACUAGAUACCUAAGAACCAGCUUCCCAAUGGGGCGUCCUAUUUCUCUGCUCCUUGGACAAUUGCCUCCAAGCACUAAUGCUCAUUAAUACAUAGUUUUUUGAAGACUAACAUGCGUGCCAGGAGCCUACAGCAUGUCACCUAAGUGAUCCUCAGAAUGUGCCUUCCAGCUCACUAAUUCGGUUCACCUAUGUCUUGUUAACCUAUACUUGAGCCAAACACUAAAGGGGGAGCCUAAUGUGACAAUUCUUCCUUUAAUCUUUUUAUUGCUAAAAAGCCUUUAUUAAUUAUAAUAAGCCUCAGGAAGUAGCCUCUUACAUAUUAGCAAAAUACCUGAAGUUACAGUCAGUUUGUAGGACCCAGUUUCCCACAUUCAUCUAUGUUCACAAUGUACUGGGGGGGGGGGGAUAAGGACAGAAAACUUUGGCAUGUCAUGUUUCCUGGGAGUCCCUGACAGGUGCCAGCACUGACCUGGUAGGUGGCCAUUCCUCAUAGUGUUGAGUCAGGAGGAAAGUUACCGGUUUUUAUAUUUAAAAAACAACAACAACAACAAAAACCCUAUAGAACCAGUGCCUUGGUCUCUUAUCGUCCUAGCAGAGUGGAUCUUGGUCCUUCCUGCUUAGAAAGCUACUUAGAAGCCAUUGCAGCCACAGUGGAGAGUCCGUCCGGGUUUGUGUCUUCUCUACUAGGGUCUCAGAAAGGGAGACAGCAUCUCUUGGGACCCGCUCAGAGGUGGAAGUAUGCAGAGCUUCAUGGCCCAGCGUCCCUUAGCCUCUGUAGCAGUCUGGUCCAGUCGGUCACUUCUGUCAGGGUAUCAUUACCUACUGUAAAGCACACCUUCACCAGGGCCAUGCAGACAGCUCCAGUCUUGCCAAACGCCAAAAGAAUCUGAGGAACCCGAGGGAUCUCUUCUGCCAAGCGCUAUCAUGCACUGUCAGCUUGGGGCCCCUCAGGACUCUAGCUGCAGAUGGUCACAGUCACAAGAGACCCUCCCCAGGCCAGGGCCAUUUCUUCUGGACAUUGGUAGGAGCUUGAGAGGUGGAGUUGCCAUCUGGGCCAUAGUGGCUCGUUUCCAACCAAAUUAUUUGGACUUUUCAGAAGCCAUCACUUGGCCAUGCUUGACUUCAAACUCACUAACUGCUCCUCCUCAGACAUCAUCUGAAUAUAAAAAGUGUGCUAGUUGUGCGUGUCCACACUCCUCAGGUCAGUUUUAUUUUGUCAUACUUACGUAUCUCCAGUAAUCCAGCUACUUCUCUAGGAAAGUGGCUUCUCCACUGUGUGCUGUUCUGUUUCCCACUAGUACUAAGACAACAUUCUGAGAAAUGGGACCAGUCCUCCACCUGCUCUGGUUGUUAGCCUGAGUUCUGGGGACACCCCCCCCCCACAUCAGUGCUGUAAAGCAGCUGGGUGCCCUGUUUACCCUGCCACACUACCUGGACAGAAGGGAGGAGAUGGCCUACAUCACCCAGUGGCUCCCUUUCCAUUUGGAGACGCUUCACUCUGCUCAUGUGCUGCUCGCCACUGUCUCCAGAAAAGUGUGACUUUGCUCUUUUUCUGCAUGAAGCAGACGCUGGUGUCAUGCCCUAAGUAGUUAGGAGGAAAAUGCAAACCACAUCUCGCCUGCCUAUUAGAGACUUUCCUUCCUAGAUUGAGUACACAGGCUAAUAUAUUAUUUUGUAGUAUCUCAAACUUUGCAUAAAUACUAUUAUUUUUGUAUGGAAUUUUUUAUAGAAGAGCUAUUUCUGUAUACUUAUUUCUGUGUUUUUUGAAAUGCCUUCCAGUAGGUAACCAACAAGUCUUAAGCAGUGUUUCUCUAAGGGUAGCUCAGGGACCGCCUACCCAGAAGAGACAGGGAAUUUCAAUUUAAAAUUUAAAUCACUCCCUGCACCCACUCCAGACAGACGCUCAGGGUGUGCCUAGGAAGCAUUAGUUUUAAUAAGCUCUGAGUGAUUUUUUUUCAUCAAUUCACACAUCUUUGUCCAUAAUGUAAAAGAAGAAACAUCUGAAAUGAAUAUGUUGAGCUUGAGAAAAAUUGUAUCAUACUAUUCUGUGAUUUGAGAUACAGAAAAAUAAAUAAUUUAAAAGGA